AUUCAUCCCUGCCGCCUCACUCCGAUUUCUAAGCAAGAAACUCCCUUCAGACCGGCCGGUCCGAUAUGGUCUGCAUUCCCCGACCUUGUCCCACACAGUGUCCUCAUAAAAAAUACACCGGAAAGUUCCAAAUCUCGGUGCAAAGUCUCUUCAAUUAAUUUUCUGGCUGCUGAUAAAGAAUCGAUGCACUCAACUCCUACUAGAGCCUUUUUACAGCCAAAGGAGCCUUCUCUUUAG